AUGAAACUGCUGGCUGCAUUCGGCCUUUUGGCCAUCGCCCUCGCUGCGUCCUCCCGUCAAUGGGAAGAACGGUCGUUCAACAAGGGAAACACCUACGAGUUCGAGUGGAAGGGACAGAUCGUCUCGGGCGUGCCCGUGAAAGGAUCCUCGUCUCAUUCCCUUCAACAAAUCCACUCAAAAGUCUUGAUCACUGUCAACGAGAAACACUCGAUCCUCCGUCUCGACAAUGUCAAGCUUACCAAUGGCCACAAGCAGCUCACCGAGCCACGCAUCAUCUCUGAGGUGUCGCUCGAGGAGUCGCAAUUGACCUCCGAGCAACGCGAGCAAAUCAAGCUUCCAAUCCGCUUCCGUUACCACCAAGGAAUCAUCUCUGAGAUCGUCUUCUCGGAGGAGGAAUCCGCCUGGUCGGAGAACAUCAAGCGCUCCAUUCUCAACAUGCUCCAAGUUCAAAUGAGCCCACGCAAGACCCAAGAGGAGUACAACACGAAGACCGUCUCCAACAACAAGUUCUUCACCGUCACCGAGCGCACCCUCGAGGGUGAGUGCGAGGUCGCCUACACGAUCGUCGAAUCGGAGAAGAACCGCGAGGAGAAAGAGAUCACCAAGUCGCUCAACUUCGAGAAAUGCCCCAAGCGUAUCGAUAUCCGCUAUGGACCCCGUUACUCUGCUGAGUGCUCCAUGUGUGAGGCCACCGAUGCUCGCCCCGAAUCUCAAACUGUCAUCAACUACAAGGUUCGCGGAGAGGAUGAGGAGCGUUUCCUUAUCACCGAGGUCGAGCUCAAGUCCGAGUACGUCUUCACCCCCCUUCUCGAAGGAUCAAGAGAUGCUCGCCACCUACGUCCACCAAAAGAUGCGCCUUGUCAACAUCAAAAGGUCAUCUAUGAUCGCCGUCAACCACUCGUUGUCCGCCAAUCCGCCGUUGACGCUCUUCGCAUGCUCCGCGACCAGAUGCCCCGCAAGGAGGAACUCAUGGAGAAGAUUGUCCGCUCUGAUUCGUCGAUCUCUUCAUCCGAGAUGAUCCGCAAGAUCGCCAAGGGAUUCCGUUUCGAGGGAGUUCUCUCUGGAUACGUCUACGAGCACGUCCGCAUCGUCCCAACCACCCUUGGACUCCCACUCCAGGUCACCUCCAAGCUCCCAACCGAGAAGACCAUCCGUAUUCCAUCAUUCGAGAAGACCUCCGUCCACUACGAGCAAUCCUACGGAGAGGAGCACUUCGGUCUCCGCACUGAGGUCAUCGGAUCCGUCCACCGCCACGUCUUCGACAAGAAGUCCCCCGAGUCGAUCCUCUUCGGAGAGAACCACGUCCAGGUUGUCCUUGUCCCCACCGCCGAGUCCGUGAAGGAGAUCGUCCUCGAGGUUGAUGGACGCCGUGUCGAGGACGAGGAGGCUCUCUACGAUAUGGGAAUCAAGCUUAUCGGAGAAUCAUCAUGCGAGAUCACCAUCCCAAAGAUGACCAUCCGUUUCGAUGGAUACAAGGUCGAGAUCAAGGCUGACAAGCGCACCGAGAACACCCAAUGCGGACUUUGCGGACAUUUCGAUGGACGCCGCGACAACGAGUUCCGCCGUGCCGACAACGAGGAGACUGAGGACAUCGAGGAAUUCCACCGCUCGUGGCUUCGCCGUGACAACGAAUGCGAGGUCGAGGAGUCGAAAUUGAAGGAGAAGAAGAACUACGGAGUUGAGUCUGAUGAGGAGGAACGCUACGAUUCCGAGGAAUCUUUCUGGAACCCCCGUGAAGAUUUCGAGGAGGAGAACAUGGGAGAGAAGCGAUCACGCAAAAUGCUCAAGAAGAACCUCAAGAAGCACAUCAGCCGCAAGAACAUCCGCGACGAGGAGGAGAACACCUACGAGCCCGAAAACGAGAUCGUGAUGGUUGAGCGUGAGGGAAAGACUUGCUUCUCGAUGGAGGAACAACCCAAAUGCCAGCCAGGAGAUGAGCUCAUUGAGACCGAGAACCGCAAGGUGAAAUUGGCUUGCCUUCCACGCUCGGAUCGCAGCACUCGCCGCAUUGUGAACGGCCUUAAGCGUGGAGAGGAGUCGAUCAUGGAGGAGAUCCGUUCCCUUUCAAUGUCUCUCACCGAGCGCAUUGAGUUGCCCAAACUUUGCCGUGUCUAC